UACGCAGCUGACCUCAAAGUAACGUGCUAACUUAAACUCAGCGUGCGUUUUUUUCUUUCCUUCUUUCUUUCUUUCUUCUUUUUUUUUGUGAUUGUGUGCGGGUAUUUCGCUCUAGAUCCAUGGCGUUGACCGCCAUGGUCUGCGAGUUUCUUUCAGGGCAAUGAAGAUUCUCCCAUUCUUGUUAGGUAUUCGACAGCCCGUGGUGCGAGCACGGCUGAGACAUGAGCCUGAGAAGACUCUUGUUGUGCUUGUCUCAGAUCUUGGUUCUAUUUUCUUUUUCUCACUGCGGAAAAGUGUUGUCUGGAUUUGAUUCUCUAUGCUCAAAUUGUAAUCGAAAAAUAAUAACAGACGCUUGGAUAAUUUUGGAUGAUGAUCUUUAUCAUUUGGAACAUACCGACCCUUGCCUGGGGAUCAGAGAAGGAGAUGACGGGCCCAAAAGAGAAAGAGCGGACGCUUUGUGCAAAAAGCUUGUCAAUCGUUAUUUGCAAUUUCGUAAGUACGAAAUAGAAGGGCAGAAGACUAGUUGCAAGGGUGCUGAAUACUUCGGUUGCGAGAGAGAUACAUCGAAUGAGACACACAGAUGCUCAGUGCAAUUGCCACCAACUCACGGCUUCGGUUCUCACAGAAAACUGUCUUGGUGCUUCGACGAGGACUUCAAGUGGUACUAUAUUAGGAAGGCGAAAAACCGUGCGUAUCAAAAUUUACGGGAUUAUCGAACCGACGAAUUUGAUGGGACCCUGAGCCCUGCAUCCGAAAUUGACAAUGGACGAUCGACUGCGCGAGCUUCCAGCCCUUUCAGAUGGAUUGUCAGAGCAGAAUCUCAUCGAAGCAGGCCUGACAGACGAAUUGCUCUAUGGUGCAGAGAGUUGCCUGAGCCUAAUGGAAACAACGGAACACUUAAUUAAGAUGGCGCCAUCGUUGAAAUCCCAAGUAGCACAGCGCCAUGCAUCAUGCUGCCUUGCCAAGGAGAAACGCCGUAUGAGCCUUCAAACAUCGUCGUGACAAAUCACGAAUUUUCAGGAAAA